CCACGUUCCAAAAAGUUUGCGUACGUGUGCUUACAUGUCUUUUCUGUUGGGCUAAGCAAAUGUUGUCAUUGUAGAGAUGUGAUGACCACUGAUGGUUAUGCUGUAUCCUUCAUGUUUAAGAUAACUGUCUCAAUUCAAGGAGAACCUAGAAGAGAACCAAAGACACCCAAGGAUUUUGCUGAUAUAGUUGACGACGCAGAGAUUUGGGCUGUUGAUCCUGGUAUAUCAGUUAUCUUUACUGCAGUUGACUCGACAGGACAGAAGCGUAUCCAAACUACAAGCUUGGAAGAAUACUAUAAUUUAUGUGGUUACAGACUUGCUACAAGAAGAUGAAAAUAUAUUAGUGAAUUACCUACUUUAAAAAC